AAAAUUCAGUGGAAUUUUCUACACGGCCUUUGUGUUGUUCAUAGUUACACUUUAUUCAUCUGCUUGAACUGAUAUAUAAAUUUUUUUUUUAAUUACAAGAAGAAUUCCGCUACGAAGCAGUUAAUCCAAGUGAAAAUAUUCUUAUCAAUUUUACAAAAAAUUUAUUGCCUAUUAAAAAGUAAAGAAAUCGUAUCUUUUGUCGAUUGCUGCAAGAAAGAAAAGUAAAAAAAAAAAAUGAAAUCAUCUAAAAGUUUUUUGCUAUGCUUGUUGGCUGGACUCUUCAUUUCUGCGAAUUGUGCAGCUCUAGAAGAAAAAACCAAUGACACGAAAGAAGCGGAUGUUGCUUUGACUACGACGACAACUAUACCCACAACUAAAGUCGACUCAAAUGAUACAACAACAAAUGUUCCUCCAAUAACUGAUUCUACAACUGAUCCGACUCCACCAACAAAUGCAACUACAACCACACUCGCUCCAGAAACUACGACCAUUGUUACCACAACCCCAACGGUCCCAACUACGACUACAACUCCGUCAGGAACAAAUACCACAACUCCUACCACUACAACCACAUCGUCUACGACCAGUACAACCACUCCAUCGACAACAUCAAGUACAUCUUCGACUACAACUCCUGCUCCAUCGACCACUUCCUCCACCACUGAAACCCCAUCAUCAACCACAGUCGCUCCUCCGGUUCCUUGCCACCGAUUCGAUGGACCUUCAUUCAUUGGAGGCAUUGUCCUUACUCUUGGCUUGCUAGCCAUUAGCCUUGUCGCUUAUAAAUUCUACAAGGCUCGAAACGAGCGCAACUAUCACACUUUGUGAGAAGUUAACUCUGGUUUGUGUAGAUAACCAAAAAAAAAAAAUAAUAAAAAAAAAGGAAGGAUGCUUAAAGCAUUCACUUAUUUGUGA